AUGACUGCGCAAGAGCUGCGAUACGACGGCCAAACCGUCGUUGUAACAGGCGCUGGUGGUGGAUUGGGUCGCGAGUAUGCCAUCUUCUAUGGCAGCCGCGGCGCCAAUGUCGUGGUCAACGACCUCGGCAGCAGCUUCAAGGGCGAGGGCCAGGGCUCAGCGGCCGCAGACAAGGUCGUCGAGCAAAUUCGUAGCGCAGGCGGCAAAGCUGUUGCCAACUACGACUCAGUAGAGAAUGGUGAGGCGAUUAUCAAGACGGCCAUUGAUGCCUUUGGUCGUAUCGACAUCCUCAUCAACAAUGCCGGCAUUCUCCGCGAUAUCAGCUUCAAGAACAUGAAGCAGGCCGACUGGGAUCUCAUCUACAAAGUCCACGUUUACGGAGCAUACAAGUGCGCACGUGCCGCAUGGCCCUACUUCAGGAAACAAAAGUACGGACGACUUAUCAGCACUGCGUCGGCUGCUGGUUUGUUUGGAUCUUUUGGACAGACAAACUACUCUGCUGCUAAACUUGCCCUUGUUGGCUUCACUGAGACACUUGCAAAGGAGGGUCUGAAAUACAACAUUCUCUGCAAUGUCGUCGCCCCAAUUGCCGCCAGCCGAAUGACUGAGACUGUCAUGCCCCCAGAUGUUCUCGAGAAGAUGAAGCCCGAGUGGGUUGUUCCCAUUGUCGCAGUCCUUACACACAAGUCGUCCACCGAGACAGGCUCCAUCUUUGAGGCUGGAGCUGGACACGUUGCUAAGCUCCGUUGGGAGCGAGCAACCGGCGCUCUGCUCAAAGCUGAUGACACACUCACACCCGAGGCCCUCGCUACUAAAUGGAAGGAUGUUGUCGACUUUUCCAAGCCUGAGCACCCUCAGGGCCCCGCAGAUGCUCUUGAGCUGCUCGAGAAGGCCAACCAACUCCCCCCCAACCCCAAGGGCGAGCCGCUUGACUUCAAGGGCAAGGUCGCUUUGGUCACUGGUGGAGGUGCUGGUCUCGGCCGCAUCUACUGCCUGCAACUUGCCAAGCGCGGCGCGAAGGUUGUGGUUAAUGAUCUUGUUAACCCCGACACCACUGUUCAGGAGAUCCAGAAGCUUGGCGGAGAGGCUGUCGGCAACAAGGCCGAUGUCCAGGAUGGCGAGGCUGUCAUCAAAACUGCCAUUGAGAAGUACGGCCGCAUUGACAUUCUGAUCAACAAUGCAGGUAUCCUUCGGGACAAGGCUUUCGCAAACAUGACCGAUGAGCAGUGGGACAUCAUUCACAAGGUGCACCUCUUCGGCACCUAUGCAUGCACCAAGGCUGCCUGGCCUUAUAUGCUCAAGCAAAAGUACGGCCGCAUCCUCAACACUACCUCCACCAGCGGUAUCUACGGCAACUUUGGCCAGGCAAACUACGCCUCGGCCAAGUGCGGUAUUCUUGGUUUCUCUAAGUCUCUCGCUCUUGAGGGCAAGAAGAACAACAUCUUUGUCAACACCGUCGCCCCCAACGCGGGAACCCAGAUGACCCGAACCAUUAUGCCCGAGGAAGUUGUCCAGGCCCUCAAGCCUGACUACAACGCUCCUCUGGUCGUUCUCCUCGUCUCUGACAAGGCUCCUGAGCCAACCGGUGGCUUGUACGAGAUGGGCUCUGGCUGGUUCGCUGCUACCAGAUGGCAACGCAGCGGUGGCCAUGGCUUCCCAGUUGAUGUUAAGCUCACUCCCGAGGCUGUCCUCGCUCAAUGGCCGCGCAUCACCAACUUUGAUGACGGCCGUGCUGACCACCCCUUCGACAACGCCAGUGGACUCAAGUCCAUCAUGGCAAACAUCGAGAACACUUCUAAGGGCAAGAAGGAGAAGGAGUCUGCCAAGAGCAACGAGGAGAUCCUCGAGGCUCAGAAGAAGGCUUUGGCUGCCAAGUCCGAGGGUACUCCUUUCAGCUACACUGAGCGUGACGUGAUUCUUUACAACCUCGGCGUUGGUGCCAAGCGCACCGAUCUUCCAUUCGUGUACGAGGGCGACGAGAACUUCCAGGUUAUCCCCACCUUUGGUGUCGUUCCUCCAUUCAACGCAGAAGCUCCUUUCACAUUCGAUGAGAUUGUUCCCAACUUCGACCCCCGCAUGCUUCUCCACGGCGAGCAGUAUCUCGAGAUCCGCAAGUUCCCCAUUCCCACAGAAGCCAACCUCGUUGCUAUUCCCAAGCUGGUCGAAGUUGUUGACAAGGGCGCUGCUGGACUGGUUGUAUAUGGCAGCGUGACCAAGGACGCGAAGACUGGAGAGGAAAUCUUCUAUAACGAGAGCACCGUCUUCAUCCGUGGCUCCGGUAACUUCGGUGGCCCUAAGAAGGGUACUGAUCGCGGCGCAGCAACCAAGGUUCACCAGCCUCCCAAGCGUGCCCCUGAUACCGUUGUUGAAGAGCGCACGACUGAGGAACAGGCUGCUAUCUACCGUCUCUCUGGCGACUUGAACCCUCUCCACAUUGACCCUGUGUUCAGCAAAGCGGGUGGUUUCCCCACACCCAUUCUGCACGGCUUGUGCAGCUUUGGUGUCUCGGGUAAGCACAUUCUGCAAACAUACGGACCUUUCAAGAACAUCAAGGUCCGCUUUGCCGGUGUUGUGCUGCCUGGCCAGACCCUUAUCACCGAGAUGUGGAAGGUCGGCAACACCGUCUUGUUCCAGACCAAGGUCAAGGAGACUGGCAAGUUAGCCAUUAGCGGUGCUGGUGCCGAGCUGAUGGGUGGCGCGAGCAAGUUGUAA